AAGCCGCAAGAGUGAAACCUUAGGAAACACAAAAGUUUCGAUCGAAACCGCGGAAAAAAGUUAUAGCAAAACAUCGAUCAAAGGUAGUUGUACGAAGAGAAAGAGAUCACAUAAUGGAAUCUGUGGUGUCUGAGUUAGAAGGCACGCUUUUGAAGGACUCGGAUACGUUCUCCUACUUCAUGUUGGUAGCGUUUGAAGCAUCGGGUUUGCUUCGUUUUGCCUUGUUGUUAAUACUAUGGCCUUUGAUUCGGUUUCUUGACAUGGUUGGCAUGAGGGACACAGGGUUAAAGCUAAUGAUCUUUGUGGCGGUUGUUGGGGUUCAACACUCGGAGAUUAAGUCCGUGGCGAGGGCCGUUUUGCCAAAGUUCUACAUGGAUGAUCUCGACAUGAACUCGUGGAAGGUUUUCAGCUCCUAUGAGAAGAGGGUUGUGGUCACCAAGAUGCCAAAAAUAAUGGUGGAGAGGUUCGUGAAGGAGCAUUUACGUGCUGAUGAGGUCAUUGGGACCGAGCUCUCCUUCAAUAGGUUUGGCUUCGCCACGGGUUUGGUCAAUGGUGAUUCGAGCAGUACCGUCUCUGAAAGGGUUGCUAAGCUUUUCAACGAUGAUGCACCCACUUUGUGUAUGGCAAGGCCUAGUAGUACUUCAUGCUACAAUUCCUUCUCGCGUCUUUGCAAGAAUCAAUUGCACCCACCAUUUUUCACAAGUGAAAAUUAUGAUCACCAGCUGCUCCGCCCACUUCCGGUGAUAUUCCACGACGGCCGCCUCGUGAAGCGGCCGACACCGUCCACCUCCCUACUAAUCCUCCUAUGGAUGCCAGUGGGCAUUUUACUAGCCAUAAUCCGCCUCACGAUGGGGUCCAUUUUACCCUUUUGGGCCAUUCCCUACAUAUCAAGGCUAUUUGGCGGCAAAGUCAUCGUAAAAGGAAAACCACCACCUGCUCCCUCUGGCGGCAGCUCCGGCGUGCUAUUCGUCUGCACUCACCGCACUCUCAUGGACCCCGUCGUCCUCUCCUCCGUCCUCAAGCGCAAGAUUCCUGCGGUCACAUACUCCAUCUCACGCUUAUCAGAAAUUCUCUCUCCAAUACCCACCGUUAGGUUAACAAGAACACGAGACAUCGAUGCCGAAAAAAUCAAACGCGAGUUAUCCAAAGGCGAUUUGGCGGUGUGUCCCGAAGGAACGACAUGUCGUGAACCAUUCCUUUUAAGGUUCAGUGCUCUCUUUGCUGAACUAACUGACCGGAUAGUGCCCGUGGCCAUGAAUUAUAGAGUAGGGUUCUUCCAUGCAACCACUGCAAGAGGAUGGAAGGGUUUGGACCCCAUUUUCUUCUUCAUGAACCCGAGACCGGUUUACGAGGUUACUUUCUUGAACCAGUUGCCGGCUGAAGCCACGUGUUCUUCGGGUAAGAGUCCACACGAUGUGGCUAACUAUGUGCAGAGGAUAUUAGCGGCUACGCUUGGGUUUGAGUGCACCAACUUUACUCGGAAAGAUAAGUAUAGAGUUUUGGCUGGGAAUGAUGGCACUGUGUCUCGUACUUCCUUGGUUGAUCACAUGAUGAAGGUGUUGAGAACUUUCAAGCCAUUUUUUACAGUGAAAAUUAGUAUGUUACUACUGUACUCAUUAUAAGCUAGAAUAAGAUUUAUUAAUUAUUUUAUUUUGUUAACUUGUAUGAACGCAUGGAUGCUAGCUUGUGUGUUUAAUGUCAUAAAAUUGUGCUUUUUAUCACUUUUUUUAUUUGU